UUACGGCCAUAUUGGUUUUUGUGCUGUCGUGGAGAGCAGACAAGUUGAAACACUUCGCAGCUGAUACCUCACAAGCAGAAGUUACAAUGGCUGACACUUUAAAAUUUGGUCCAGAAUGGUUGAGAGCCCUGUCUGACGGCAACAGUGUGGGCACCCCGCCCCCAUCACCAGCAGGCCCGGCAAAGUACAAACUAGCAGAGCAUCGUUACGGCAGAGAAGAAAUGUUAGCCUUGUUUGUGCCAAACACAAAGAUGCCAGAUGGUCUCAAAGACUUUCCUUUUAUAGCCUUGGAGAAGGCACAAGCCCCACUGGCCAUAGUUCCUGUAACAGAAGAGGAGCAGCGUAUUAUGUCGCAGUCAGUCAACAGUGCAGCUGCGUAUCGGAUGACAGGGCGGGGUGCCCCUCCACUGAGAGGGCGGGGUGGGCCAGAACGAGGACGGGGACGAGGCCGUGGUCGUGGUGAGGUAUACUUACAGAGGGGGAUGUCAUAUGAUGAUACUGACGGGUUUGGUCGACCUCGCCCUGCCAGAGGAGAUGCUUGGGAAGACGGAGGCUUAAAAAGAUACGAAAGGCGCUUUGAGGACACAAGCGCCAUUUCCCCACGCAAAGAGUACAAUCGUUCACUAAGCAGUGACAACUGGCGAGACAAGACUGAGCGAGAGGAGGAUGACGAAGGAGACUGGAGAAGGGCGGGUCCCAGAGAUAAGUGGGGGUCUCGUGGCAACUGGAGAGAACCAGGCCGCCCUACCUCUGAGUUUGAGCGCGGCAAGUCAAAUGGAGGCCUUCCUGAACGGGGUGGGUUUGACAGGGCACGAGUUUAUCGGCGAAGCAAGAGUGGCGAGUCGUGGGACGAAGAAGACGUGUUGCCAGAGUGGAGUAUGGCAGACACAGACGAUCUGGAUAAUGUGGGUACAUUUGAUGCCAGUGGGGCAUUUGUCUCUGUUAAAGAAGCACAGCGUAGGAAGAAGGAGCGGUCAGAGGGCUCGGCCAAGGACCGAGGGGACAUGGAAACUGCGGAGAGAAAAGACGGAGAGAACAACGGUCACAGCCCUAAAGCGGGUCAGCCUUCCAUAUCGGAUAAAUCCAAGAAGGAUGACCCUGAAAUCAUUAGAGAGAAGAAAGUGCAGUUAGAUGACAGAAACUUGACCAGUAACAACAGGCACGUACAAGAAGACAGGAUUACUCAGCCAAAUAAGUCCCCUGCAGAGCGUGUGAAAAGGGUUGAUCCUGGAGCUGUAGAGAUGAAAGCGCAGAUAUCUGAGUCCACAGUACCCAAACCUGAAGGGAAGGCUUCAUUAAAAACUUCCACUCCCUCUAGUCAUAACACAUCUGUUGCCAGUACGCAAAAACAGGGCAAUGUCACAAAAGACAAUAGCAAAUUUCAGACGGGUUCCAAAGUGCAAGACUCGAAAGUGAAAAAUUCUGCAAGAAACUCCGAGGCCUCAAAUGAUAACCAGGUGAACGCUGCGAGUGAAGAGGACACCUUGUUGCGGCUGGAAAAGGCUGCAGAAUCCAUGGUGGCGACAGUUACAGAUGAAGAUCAUGAAGAUGGUAAACCUGCCAAUACCUCAAGCUCUCCCAAACCAGAUGCGCCUCUGUCCAUUGAGAAGGAGAAUCCACAGAAGUGGUUUUACAGGGACCCACAGGGCGAAUUACAGGGUCCCUUUGCUGCUAACGAGAUGGCUGAAUGGUUCAGUGCUGGUUACUUUACAAUGAAUUUACUGGUCAAGCGAGGCUGUGAUGAAAGGUUUCAACCAUUAGGUGAACUAAUAAAGCGUUGCAAUGGAAGGGUUCCUUUCAUACCAGGGCCUACACCACCUCCCAUACUUAAUUCCCCAGUAAGUGUCCCUCCAGCAGAUGUACAGCAGCAGCAGCAGCAAGAACAGAUGAAAAUCUUCCAACAGCAACUACUUGCACAACAAUCACUCUUACAACACCAACUCUUAGUCAGGCAAUUUCAGAUACAGACCGUCCUACAACAACAGGAAGGGUUCAACAAGCUCAGUCCACAACAGCAACAACGGCUCGCUCUCCAGGUCCUUCUUAAGCAACAGCACUUACACCCAGACCAGCAGAAGCUCUCUCCACGAUCUCCCCCCAACGAACCCUCUGCUACCCAUCCAGUCUUUCAGAGAUCAUUCUCACAACCUGCUGAUCCUAGUCAACAAGGGGAAGAACCCUCUGUGUGGGGCAAUCCUAAUGUUCCAGGAAACUGGUCCCAGCCCACAAGUGUGUGGGAUUUAGAACAAACUAAACAGCCUAGAAGUGUUAAUGAGGCAGAAGAGCUGGAGAGGAUACGACGUUUAGCAGAGGCUCAGGAAAAACGAAAGGAAGAAGAAAUCCAGAGAAAGCAGUCAGAGUUAAGGAUGCAGCAGGAAGAGCUACGACGACAACAGGAAGAGAUACAGCGUCAAAAGGAAGAAAUUGAAAGACAGCGGCUGCUGGAUCUACAGAGGAUAGAGGAGGCAAGGCGACUAGAGGAGGAGGAAAAAUUACGUAAGGAGGAAGAGGAGCGAAGAAAAGUUGAGGAGGAGAUUCGAAGACAACAGGAAAUUCAGAGACAAAAAGAACUUGAACAGCAGCAAGAGCUUCAGCGUCAACAGGAAAUCCAACGCCAGCAGCAGGCGCUACGGCAGAAGGAACUACAACGUCAGCAGGAGCUACAGAGACAACAAGAACUGGAACGACAGAAGGAACUACAGCAACAGAAGGAGGCAGAGUUACUUAAACAAAGACAACAGGAAAUGCAGCGGAGACAGGAACUGCAACGACAACAGGAGCAACAAAGGCAGCAACAGGAGGCACUCAGGACGGUUCAACAGCAACAGCAAGAACAGCUGGCCAAGAUGCAGUUGCCUGCAUCCACAAACUGGGGCAGUCAGGAAAACACUGGAUCAAGCCAGACUGUGUCGCUGACAGAAAUACAACAGAUGCAACAGGAGGAGAGACAGCGCAAAGAGGAAGAGCUACAGAGGCAAACAGAGGCCCAGCAGAGGCAAAUGGCAGCUUUACAACAACAGCAGCAACAACAGCAACAAGCCAAGUCCUGGUCAAAACAGCUAACAUUUGCACCUGUCAAAUCCAAUAGUCCAAAGUCUCUGCUGGAAAUACAGGAGGAACAAGCUCGACAAUUAGAAAUAGAGAAACAGAAGAAACAAAAUCAACAAGUAAAGACUACUUUACCACUAGCUACUGCCACCGUUUGGGGAAAUGGAGCCCCAAUCUCAUCCAACUGGGCAUCAGAAGGAGCAUGGGGUAAUGCCCAGAGAAUCUCCAGCCCAGGUUUCUGGGAGGACCCCAGCCCAGUUGUACCCACCAAAAACACUACAAGUCGUAACAAGAGUGCUAAAAAUGUAGAUAACUUUCCAGCGCUGAGUGGAAAACCCUCCAGUACGUCCAAUAGGACUACAGCUAAGUCUACUGCCAAACCUGCCAAGACCUCUCGGGAUGAGGAAGCUGUCCAGCGGUUGUUUAGAACAGUCACACCUGAAGAUGAGUUCACACAGUGGUGUGAAAAGGUCCUGAAGGGCAUGGCUACUUCAGUUGAUGUGCCAACAUUUGUAGCUUUUCUACAAGAAGUGGAGUCUCCAUAUGAGGUCCAUGAUUAUGUGAGGUCUUAUCUGGGAGAAACCAAGGCAUCAACAGACUUUGCUAAACAGUUCCUUGAAAAAAGGAGCCACUACAAGAAUAAGGCCAAGCAACAACUGAAGGAAGAAGAGGACAGUAUUUGGGGCCCCGCUCCAGCUAUCAACCCCAAGGAGUCCCGUCCACUUAGCUCCUAUGGGGAUUCUGACAGUAGUAGGAACAAGAACAGGAAAGGCAAGAAGAAGAUGCAGAGGCUGGAUGCCAGUAACCUAGGCUUCACCGUGCACGCUGCACCAGACAGGAUUAAUGUGGGACAAAUCGAGAGUGCCGAGUGAAAAGCAGUUCAAUUAGAUCAUGGUGACAGUGUUUUGGGAUUUCCGUUAUGACAAACAUGGGAAAGCCAUGUGUGGAAUGUCUGAGCUCUCCUGACAUACAUAUUAAAAGAGACAUUACACAAGGUGGAAUUGAUAGAUAGGUCUAUCUAUAGUGCUGAAUCCUGUCUGGUCUUGUAAGGGCUGUAUUUGGUGCUGUGUGAGCUGCUGGCACCACCUUGUGCUGUGGUUACUAGGGGAGGACUGGUUCAAUGAGUGGUUAGAGUUGCUGGCCAAGGCAGACCAGUAUUACGUGUAGGGCGGCUCCACUCGGUGGAUGAUAACCAGCAGACAAUAAACCAUGAUUUCUGUCUAGAAGGACACAUGACUGACAAACUCCUGAGCUGUACCCCCCCCGAAUACUUGCCCCCUCUGCUACCCAGGCAGAAAGAUGUCAACUACCCAAAGACAGGGGCAGUUUGCUGUGAUAUCUUUCUUAAGUUUAGGUUUUCUCCCUUUAUGUUUUAUUUGGUCUUGAACAGCUUGUAUACGAGGUGUCAUGUGAUGAUUGUGUUAAUAAGUCUGAAUCUGCUACUAGAGCUCACUGUCCACUGACUGUGUCUGUUUAAGCUGUGAGAUUAAAAUAUCUAAAAGGUCUGCUAGUUCCCAUAACGUUCCUCAGUCACGUGAAGUAUGACAUUCGAAGAGUAGCAUUUCUAGGGUUUUGGUCACCUUUUCCUGAUAAAUAUUUGGAUUUUUCCUAAAAUGCAGCACAGAAACACCUGUCAGCUUUCAGUAUAUUUAUAUUAUCUUCUGUUAUUAGCACAAUAGCUAUAUUAAGUGAUUAAAAAAAAAAACUUGUAAUGGCAUUUGUACCCAAAUGAAAAAAAUAAUAUGGACUAUUUUAAAGGCUAAUAAGGGAGCAACAUUAAAUGUUUCAUCCUUAAUCCUACGCAGGAAAUUUUUGUUUCAUUUGCCAGUCAUUAAUAUAGUCUGGAUAUUUUUCUCAUUUCUGUAUGUCCACUAAACAAUCACUGUGAGUUGUAUUAUUCCCUCAGUUGGUGCACAGUUUAGCCAGCACUCACAGUGAGUGGUAUUGUAAAUUUAGCAGAUUGUAUGCAUGCUCAUCACCUUAACGAACAGUUUGAAUAAUACUAUGCAUAUUAUCAUCUUAUUCAUUCGGCUAAUGAAAGUAAACUUGUAUGGAGUGAAAUUUAUCACCGCUCCAAAUUAGAGGUCUGCUAUAAUACAAAGUGCGCAGCCAAACAUGCAACACAUUUAGUGACAACCAACCAAGAGGAUUUGAUGUUUAAUAAUGCAUUGGGAUAAUAUCCAUUUUUGGUCGUGUAUAACAAUGUGACUUAGUUAAAAUUUGGUCAGUUUUGAAGUCAGCACAGUUUCAUGUUGCAUUUUACAUCUCUCGUAAUUUAUCAUUGUCAUAAAAUGCUGGAAGUUAAGCACAUAAAUAUUGGUUAUGUACUCUUCCACCAAAAUUAAAGGGUGCUACUCUCAGAUUGUAUACUAUGUCUUGAAAUACUGUAUGAUACGGUAUUUCAAGAUGGUUUGAUGGAAAUGAAGAAUUGUUGAACAUGAUUGGGAAACAGGUAGAAAGGCUCAAAGAAGGUGAAUAUUAGCACUUUUGCUCCCUUACCCCACAUUCUGCCCAUCUUCUGGGCUAAGUAGACAAACUCUUUGGCAAUUAUGGUGCAUCGCCCCUGUAGGGGAGAUAACUUGUGUGUGUCUGUAAAGCUGUAUAUUUUCUUGUUACAGCAUGUAUGAAGUGUUGUGUAGAUGGGUGUUUCUUUGUACAUAUGGCGUGUUUGAGCGAAAGAGUGAGUAACAGAUUCACUUGAGUUCGAUGAAUGACAUGAAGAUGAUAUUUUUAUUUUUUGUGUGAAAGUUUUGUUGAUGUUAUUAAGAAUUCGGUCACAACAGUACUGAAAAUGGCCGUAUCUGAUUAGUAAUGUCUUUUAUCGAGGACAAGUUUGUUUUAUUUCUCUGUCAAUCCCCCCUCCCCAAACUUAACUUUACUUUCAGUUUUAAAGUUGUCCGUUAUUGCCCUCCAGCCAGAUCAUGUGACCUGGGCUGGGACACCUGGGAACGGUCUGUAUACAGCCUCCCAGGCCUAUCAUUAUGAAUUGGCCCUCGCAGGGAUAGCCAUUUUGUUAAAUAUAUCUCUGCAAUGAAAAAAAUAAAACAUUAAAGAUCUCAUUGA